UUUUUUAAUUCCUUUUCAGAACAAUAGAAACAUAUAUAAAAAAUAUGGAGAUAUGCAAACAUCAAGUACAAUACAAUGGCUUAUGCGCUGUUUGCGGUACAUUACUUGAAACUCUAGAUGAUCCUUCAGGAGUGUUCAGUGCUGCUGGAGGAGGAGUAAGUGGUGGUGGUGGCAGUGGUGGUGGUGGUAUUACAAUGGGUUAUGACACAAAGGGAAUCACUGUCAGUCGCGAAAUCAAACGCUGGUCCAUGCGACAUGGGAUCAAAGCGUAUUGAACUCUAUUUAUAAAGGCAAUCAUCCAAUCGCACAAUUCCAAUUGCCUGGCAGCGAUAUGAUUUGUUUUAUGAAAGCAAGACCAGGUUUACAAGAGUUUUUAAAAGAAGUGGAGGCCUAUUACGAACUUCAUGUCUAUACAAUGGGUACAAGGAAAUAUGCAGAAGCCAUCAUGAGUAACAUU